GAAUUAGAGGAGAGACCAGGCGAAGGCGAAAGGGGUCGAAGAUCUUCAGUUUUAGAGGAGGAGAAAUCUGAAAAAAAUGGUGGCUGUACCCAUCCGUUCUUUCUUCCUACUCAUCACAGUGUUCCAGCUGUGUUUAUUACACCUGGCCCACGGAGGGGCAUAUUAUGGACAUAAACAGCCCCCUCAACAGCAUCAGCCCCCCCUACCACAGUACAAUGAUGGGUACCCUCAGCAACAGUUUUUGGGGAAUGACAUGCCACACUUUCCUCAAAGAAAUCCUGGCAAAGACAUGUCAUUACUGCCUCAGUAUGGAAAAGAGCUUCCUCAGCUGCCAUUGCAAAUGGGCAAAGGGAUGCCACUGACUGAGGGCAAAGGACAAACUUUUCCCAGAGGGGCUAAAGGUCCUCCUCCCCCUGGUCCUGGUGUAGAGGGUCUCCGAGAGGGUCCACAAGGAGUUCAGGGCCCCCAGGGACCAACCGGACCACCAGGACCACAAGGCCCCGCUGGGCUGCCAGGCCAGGGAUUGCCAGGCUUGCCAGGAAAACCAGGGCCUCCCGGUCCUCAAGGUUACCCAGGAAUAGGAAAACCUGGCAUGCCAGGAUUGCCAGGUAAACCUGGAGGGCCUGGAUUACCAGGACCAAAGGGUGACCUCGGACCUAGUGGUAUUGAAGGACCAACUGGACUUUCUGGGCCUCAAGGACUCCCGGGCCCACCUGGACUCCCUGGUAUUUCAAAACAAGGAGGUCAUGGGCUGCCAGGACAGCGGGGUCCUUUUGGAGAGCCUGGCGCAAAAGGUCCACCUGGGUUUCCUGGUCCUCCAGGUCCCAAGGGAGAUAAAGGAGUUGGUCUACCAGGUUCACAAGGGUUGAAAGGACCUAAUGGGCCACCAGGUCCACCUGGACAAGCAGGGAUACCUGGGGUUGGCAAACCUGGCUUAAAUGGUUUUCCAGGACAACCUGGGAUUCCAGGAAAACCUGGUCCUCCUGGAGAGCCAGGACCGGCAGGGCUACCUGGUGAUAGAGGUCAACCAGGACCAUCAGGCUUACAAGGAAUUGGAAAACCAGGAAAAGAUGGUCUUAGAGGGCAACCAGGACUUCCUGGAGGGAAAGGGGAACCAGGCCCUUCUGGUUUACCUGGAGGUCCAGGAUUGCCAGGUUAUGGUAAACCAGGUUUUCCCGGGCCUAAGGGUCAUAAGGGACAUGCUGGUAUUUCUGGACCUCCAGGCCCAAAAGGUGAUAAAGGUCAUGGAGGUCUUCCAGGGGUAAUCGGACCUACUGGUCCAAGUGGUAUGCCUGGCCCGCCAGGUCCAAUAGGGCCUCCUGGUAGUCUUGGCUUCCCAGGGCAAAAGGGAGAAGAUGGUGCUGUGGGCCUAAAAGGAAAUCCAGGAUUGAAGGGUGACUUUGGGCCUCAAGGCCUUCCAGGACAGCCAGGUUUAUCAGGAGAGAGGGGACAACCAGGGACAAGAGGUUUCCAAGGGCCCAUUGGCCCAAAAGGAGAAGCUGGUCAUAGGGGUUUACCUGGUGCCCCUGGUGGUGCUGGAUUACCUGGACCAAGAGGAGAGGGAGGACAACCUGGAGAUAAAGGCCACCAGGGACCACAGGGGAUUCCAGGACUCACAGGACCAGGGGGACCAAUUGGACCUCCUGGGCUUCCAGGGCACAAAGGGGAGUCAGGUCCACCUGGUAAACCUGGCUAUCCUGGUGAGGGAAAGCCAGGACCCCCUGGUCAUAUUGGUCUUCAAGGUAAUCCUGGCCCCAGUGGCCCCGCUGGACUUCCAGGACAACCAGGACAACCUGGACCCCCUGGUCCUCCAGGACUUCCUGCUACAUCUCCUGACCUCGGACAGAUCCUCCCUGUGACGGGCCCGUACACCGGCCAAAAACAAGGUUACAAGAAGCCAAAGAAUGGAGGGGACAUUAGUGGAAGUGCAGUUGAGAUGCCUGCAUUCACCGCUAAGCUCACAAACCCAUUCCCUCCUGUUGGCUCUCCCAUCAUCUUCGAUAAACUCCUGCACAACGGCAAUCAGGACUACAAUCCCCAAACUGGUAUCUUUACCUGUAGUGUACCAGGGGUCUACUACUUUGCUUACCACGUUCACUGCAAAGGAGGUAACGUAUGGGUGGCACUGAUGAAGAACAAUGAGCCAGUAAUGUACACUUAUGAUGAGUACAAAAAGGGUUUGCUGGAUCAGGCAUCAGGGAGCUCCGUGCUUCCAUUACGACAAGGUGACACUGUGCACAUACAGCUGCCAUCUGACCAGGCAGCAGGACUUUAUGCUAGUCAAUAUGUCCACUCCACCUUUUCUGGAUACUUAUUGUACCCAAUGUAAGACAUGUCUAAACAAAUGCGAUAAUCAAUCCCUCCAUGAUGUCGCUGAGUUUUUUCUGAUUAUUGCAGCCAAAAAUGCUUGAUUUUUGCAAUGGCUUUUCUCAAAAAUUUGCAAUACAAUUUACAAUGUUUUAUGUGCUGUUGUUGCAGUAAAAUUGCAGGAAUUAGGAAAAAUUGCAAGCCAAUGAAAAUAAUGCAAAUUUCAAAAAACGACAUAUUGGC